UGAGCUGUAGUAUAACUUAAUAAUUGCUGCAACAUGUUUAUCAGCACUAAUCUAGAAAUCCCCCCUUAAAGAAACAUUAACAAAAAAUCUAGAAAUCUCUCACAGUCACACUUGAACUCGAUCUUCAUCUCUGACCGUCCGAUCACCCCGACAUCAAUACAACGUUCAAACAAAAUUUCCAAUCAAGAAACAGCGCAACACCGUAGCACACCUCCCCCCCCCCCCCCCCGCUCUCCGGCCAACAAAACGAUGUCGUCCAGCGCCGACUCCCCGUCCCCCGCCGCCGUCGAUACGACGCCGUUACUCGCCGACCAGAUCUUCCGCGCCCGCCGCCGCCCCCGCUUCCUCCGCCGACCACCCAGCCUCCGCGGCGCCGCUAACUUCCUCCGUCGCGCCAGCAGCCGGAGCCGCGCCAUGCGCGAGCCCUCUGUCCGCGUCCGAGAAGCAGCCACCGAUCAAAUCGAGGAGCGGCAGAGUGAUUGGGCUUACUCUAAGCCGAUAGUGAUUUUAGACCUCGUUUGGAACAUCGCCUUCGUAAUCGUCUCGAUUUCGGUGCUGAUUAUGAGCCGGAACGAGACGCCCUCGAUGCCGUUAAGGCUCUGGACUGUGGGUUACGCGCUGCAGUGCGUUCUCCACGCAGUGUGUGUUUGCUGGGAGUAUAAGAAGAGGUACUCGGAGCAGAAUUUGGAAGUGAGCGACGGAGCUCAAUUAGGGCACAGUCGGAAUUACUCGAAUUCGAGCUCCGGAAGUGAUGACGUGGAUUCUGGCGGUUAUUUUUCCGAUCAUCGGCAGAGUGAUGAUGAAGCUAGCGUUGCUAAGCAUCUGGAGUCUGCAAAUACUAUGUUCUCAUUUAUUUGGUGGAUAAUUGGUUUCUACUGGGUCUCUGCUGGUGGCCAAAGUCUGACUAGUGAAGCACCUCAGCUUUACUGGUUGUGCAUAACAUUUUUGGCGUUCGAUGUGUUUUUUGUUGUCAUUUGCGUUGCUGUAGCGUGUGUUAUUGGACUUGCUGUUUGCUGCUGUCUACCUUGUAUCAUUGCAAUCUUAUAUGCUGUUGCCGACCAGGAGGGAGCUACUAAGGAUGACAUUGAGAGACUACCUAAAUACAAAUUUCGGAAAAUUGGUGAUUUUGAGAAGCAAAGUGGUGAAAUUCAAGGAUCAUUUGGUGGAAUAAUGACUGAAUUCGACACCGACUCACCCAUUGAGCAUGUCCUUCCUCUAGAGGAUGCUGUAUGUUAUUACUUCAACAUUGUUGCUUUUGCAAACCAGAUUGAUGAGUUAUAUUCUAUGCAUGCUUUGGUGUUCAACCAUUUAUCAUACAGACACCCCCUGCUUCUGGAUCGUGGCAUCGGCAAACUUAACCAUAGUUUGAGUUUGAGGUGUCGUUAUACUGCAUUACUUUGGAAUCCAUCUGCUUCUGACUAAUCCUGCAAUCCAAUGCAGGAAUGCUGCAUUUGCCUCUGUGCUUACGACGAUGGAACUGAACUGCGGGAGCUCCCUUGCGCCCACCACUUUCACGCGGCUUGUAUAGACAAGUGGCUGUACAUGAACGCCACCUGCCCUCUCUGCAAGUUCAACAUACUCAAAAAUGGCAACCUAAGUGGUAGUGAAGAAGCAUGAUCAUCGAAAAAAGGCUACCUCCAUCACUCUGGGCAUAUUCCAUCGUGCAUCCCGGAUGCGCCCCUGCCCCGACCCAACCCUGACCCUCGACGCGGCGUGGGCCCAUUUAUGUAAUAUAUACCUACUAUAUAUAGGCCUUCGCUGUUAAAUAUACUGAAUUCAUAUGGUGUUCGAUAGUAGUAAAUGUUGAAGCCCUGUGUUUGUAUCCCAAACUUAUAAACGUGAGCUACUAGAAGAGCCAUGUUUUUUUGGUUUCUCACGAGUGUUGCACUCUGUUUUGUAAGAGAAAGAACAACCAUGUAUUUAUGCUGACGUCAUUCGUCGAUUUUAUGUAAAUCAUUGUGCGCCA